UCAUGUGCUAUAGAGGAACGUUGUUUUUUCUGAUCUCGUUAUUGCUAUCUUCUGAUUCAAAAGGUGUUCGUUCGAUUUGCUCAAGUCAGAUAUAUUGUAACGAGGCGAUUAUUCAAGCUGUUGACAAAGCUAAAAUAUUUAAAGAUUCCAAGACGUUUGUGGACAUGCCACUCAAAUACAGUGCUGAUGAAACUUUGACUGCUUUUGAGAAAAUAAACAAGGAGAAUGCAUCAGAAGUCGUUCACUUUGUUCAGCAAUAUUUUGAUAAUGCUGGUUUAGAUAUUAACUUAUGGAUUCCACAUGAUUGGAGUGAAAAUCCAGAGUUUCUGCUUCAUGUUGUUGAUGAUGAAUAUCACCAAUGGGCCAAGUGGCUCAACAAACUGUGGCUUAGCUUUGGAAGGCAGGUGGAUGAGAGUGUUGCUGUUUAUCCUGAUAGACAUUCUUUGCUAUUUGUACCAAAACCAUUCAUUGUACCGGGAGGGCGAUUUAGAGAGUUCUACUAUUGGGACACAUUUUGGAUAAUACAAGGUCUACUAGUGUGCAAUAUGACAGAAACAGUGGAAAACAUCUUGAUAAACUUUAGUUAUCUUGUUGACCGGUAUGGCAUGGUUCCUAAUGGAGGUCGUGUCUAUUACACACAUCGAAGUCAGCCACCUCUUCUCACUCUUAUGGUGUGGGAAUAUUAUCAGAAAACACACAACCUGUCUAUUAUUUUUGAACAUUUGCAAAGUUUGAAGAAAGAGCAUCAUUUUUGGAUCACAAAUAGAACUGUUAAUGUGACUGAUAGAAUGUCUAAUCGUACCUAUCAGUUUGUACACUUCCAUGCUGAUAGCAACACUCCUAGACCUGAGUCGUAUCGAGAAGAUGUGGAGACAGCAAGUGGACUUGAGUCAGAUGAAGCAGCAGCAUUGUAUGAGCAGAUAGCAUCAGCAGCAGAGAGUGGCUGGGACUUCUCAUCUCGUUGGAUGUCACACAGUGGUUACCUUGCAAACACUAUGCAAUCACUGAAAACGAGUCACAUAAUUCCUGUGGAUCUUAAUGUUAUUUUGUGUCAAGUUGAAAUCAUCUUGUCUCAAAUGUCAUCUCUAGUAGAAGAUAGCGACGUUGCACAGUACUACACAUCUCUUGCUAUGAAACGUGCAGUGGCUAUUCAAUCUACUCUGUGGAAUGAAACAGCAGGAAUUUGGCAAGACUAUGAUACAGAAGAAGGGAAACAGAUCAACUUGUUUUUUGCAUCUGCAUUAGUUCCUUUAGCUACAAACUGCUAUAAUCCUCAGUUGACAGAGAACUUGACAAGAGUUCAAAAAGUUAUUGCAACAGUCAAGUCUAAAGGUUUAUUCUCGUAUGCUGCUGCUCUUCCAACAUCUUUAGUCAGCAGUGGACAACAGUGGGAUUUUCCUAAUGGGUGGCCUCCUCUCCAAUGGUUUGCUAUUAUUGGCAUGUUGAAUGCUAAUGAUUUAAGUACAAGAAAGGUGGCUCACGAUCUGACAUCAAAAUGGAUUCACACUAAUUGGAAGACUUGGAAGAAGACAGGACAUAUGUAUGAAAAGUAUGAUGCUAGAAUAGAUGGUGUGCCAGGUGGAGGAGGAGAAUACAAUGUACAGACUGGGUUUGGGUGGACGAAUGGUGUUGCAUUGUUUCUCCUUGAUCGAUUUGGCAAUAGCAUUAAUCAUGUCAGUGACAGUGAAGAUUUACCUGGGAAUGGAGUAGUAAUCGGAGUGGUUGUAUCUCUUCUUGUAAUCAUUGCUGUAUUUAUUGUCUCUUACUUUGGGUACAAAGUUUAUCAUAAAGGAAAGCUUCAAUAUCACCACCGGAUAAUGAUGACUGAAGAUACAGAUGCUCUAUUUGAUGAUUGAAGAAUAGAUGGCUUUUGUUAUUGUUAUUGUACUAAUUGAUUUGUUAUUGGUAGGUUUAGACUGCGUACUUUCGAAUAAUUUCUAUAGCUAUAAACAGCUAGCUAGCUAUAGCUAGAUAGCAGUUGAAAUCUAUACUGCGCGCGCAUCAUGCACAAAUUACAUGAGCUUGC